AUGUUGCGGGACUUCAAAUUCUUACGCCGGAAUUCGGGUAAGAAUUCAAACGCAGAGGAAAUCGAGAAUGUGCCCAUAAACCCUAGGUAUUCGUUGGGUAAUCAGACCGGAACGGAUUCGAACAGGGCCCCGUUGAACGCAAUUCAAGAACCGGCCUCGAAUUCUAAAGCUGUGGUAGAGAAAGAGGUGGGUGUUAGGAGCACUAAGGUUGAUAAAACACCCACUAAGGUCAAGCGCAAAAGCUCUGAUAACACAAUGUCGCUUUCCACGCCGGAGAAACAAGGAGCUCAGGCGAAGAGUCGAUUUGGGUGGGUGCCGAAGAACGAAUCAAGCUCGAAUGCAAUUGAAUCACACGAUGAUGGGAGGGCUGAUAUGAGCCACUAUAUGAGCCAAUCGAGUCGUGUGAAUGGGAAUGGGGUUUUUGCCGGCAUGACUACUCCUCAGUCGAAUAGGGUUAUGGGGAGAGCUAAUUCAGGUUAUUCGGAAUGCAAUUCGACACAGAGUACACCAACAAAGAGUGUAACCAAGCCUCCGAAUCCGGGACUUUGUCUAACAGGUGGUUCUCGACCUCUGUCUAAUGGAGGUGCUCGCAUGGGCAACUUUGCUGCAUUGUCAAAAGGGAUUCCAAUUUCUUGUAGUUCCUCAACUGUUGUUAAUUCAGUGGAAGUGCCACAUUUUGAUCUCAAAGAAGAUCCAUCAUUUUGGAUGGAUCACAAUGUACAGGUUUUGAUACGGGUCCGUCCUCUAAAUAGCAAGGAGAAAAGUACCAAUGCUUAUAGUAGGUGCUUGAAGCAGGAGAGUGCACAAUGCAUCACUUGGAUCGGGCAACCAGAAACUCGAUUUACAUUUGACCAUGUAGCAUGUGAAACCAUAGACCAGGAAACGCUUUUCAGGAUGGUUGGUCUGCCUAUGGUGGAGAAUUGCCUUUCUGGAUACAAUAGCUGUGUGUUUGCCUAUGGGCAGACAGGAAGUGGGAAGACAUAUACAAUGCUUGGUGAGAUUGAAGAGUUAGAAGUCAAGCCCAGUCCAAAUCGUGGAAUGACACCACGCAUAUUUGAGUUCUUGUUUGCAAGAAUAAGAGCUGAAGAGGAAAGCCGAAGGGAUGAGAGAUUGAAAUACAACUGCAAGUGCUCUUUCUUAGAGAUUUAUAAUGAACAAAUUACUGAUCUCCUUGAUCCUUCUUCUACAAAUUUGCUACUGCGGGAGGACAUUAAGACGGGUGUGUAUGUUGAAAAUCUGUCAGAAUUUGAAGUCCAGACUGUUGGUGAUAUUCUUAAGCUUCUGAGUCAGGGUUCUUCAAAUAGAAAAGUUGCCGCAACAAAUAUGAAUAGAGAGAGCAGUCGUUCGCAUAGUGUCUUCACAUGUGUAAUUGAGAGAAGGUGGGAAAAGGAUUCCACGUCUAAUCUACGAUUUGCAAGACUAAACCUUGUUGAUCUUGCUGGCUCUGAAAGGCAGAAAACUUCUGGCGCUGAGGGUGAACGUUUAAAGGAAGCUGCUAAUAUUAACAAAUCGUUAUCUACAUUAGGUCAUGUAAUAAUGGUUCUUUUGGAUGUGGCACAUGGGAGGACAAAGCAUGUUCCUUAUAGAGAUUCAAGGCUGACAUUUCUUCUUCAGGACUCACUAGGUGGAAACUCGAAAACAAUGAUGAUUGCCAAUGUCAGCCCUUCUAUAUGGUGUGCUGCUGAAACACUGAAUACUUUAAAGUUUGCUCAGCGAGCAAAACUUAUUCAGAACAAUGCUGUGGUGAAUGAAGAUUCUUCAGGAGAUGUCAUAGCAUUACAACACCAGAUACAAGUUUUAACGGAGGAGCUGUCUGCCCUCAAACGCCAAAAUGUCUCCAGAUCUCUAUCAUUUGGUGAAAAUCCCUCCAGCCAAAAGGCACUUGAAUUGGAUGAGCAGAGAACUGAUAAUUUGCUUGGAUCUGAAUCUAAAGGCAUUCUGAAAGUGUCUUUAAAACAGUUGAAAUCAUUGGAGACAACACUUGCUGGUGCCUUGAGAAGGGAACAGAUGGCAGAGACCUCAAUUAAGCAACUUGAAGCUGAACUUGAACAGUUGAACCGAUUGGUUCGUCAAAGAGAGGAGGAUACUAGGUGCACAAAGAUGAUGCUGAAGUUUAGGGAAGACAAAAUUCAACGAAUGGAAUCACUUGUUAGUGGUUUAAUACCCGCAGAUGCUUAUUUAUUGGAAGAGAAUGGUGCACUCUCUGAAGAGAUUCAGCUGCUUCGAGCUAAACUUGAUAGAAACCCAGAAGUAACUCGCUUUGCUCUAGAGAAUAUCAGGCUUUUAGAACAGAUCAGAAGAUAUCAAGACUUCUAUGAAGAAGGGGAGAGAGAACUGUUGUUAACCGAAGUAUCUGAACUGCGGGAUCAGGUCCUUCUACUAGCUCUUCUUCUUGAUGGGAAAUCAAACCAGAAUAAUCAUCCAAAAAUCAGUGCCACCCCUCAGGAAGCUAUACAUUUCAAUAAAGAAAAUGAAAUGCUCAACUUGGAGUUCAAAAGCACUCUGAAAGAAUUGGAAGAGUGCAGGAGUAACCUAAACUCUUGCUUGGAGAAUAAUGAAAAACUUAGUAGAGAAAUUGAUGAUCUACGUGCUUCACUAAUCAACCUCAAAACUGAAACCUGUGAUGAUGAUAGCAGUGUUGAAGUCAUAAAGGAGUCCAUUAUCGAAGCUCCAUUGUUUGACAAUCGAUCACUUGUGGCGGUCGAAAAACAGAAGGGAGAGGCAAAGCAUGAAACGCUGAUGAAACACUCAGAAGAAGUCAUAAAUUUACAACUGGAGUUGGAUAUUCUAAAGAUUAUUCUUAAAGAAGAGAGGUCAUCUCGUGGCGAUGCAGAGCAGAUGAGGACACGGUACCUGGAUAGGGAUCUUGAGCUGACGAAAGAGAAGGUCUUAUUGUUGACCAAACAAUGUGAAGAUGUGAAGGAGGAACUCAAGGAAGCAAAAUCAGUUAUUGAAGCUCUUGAAUCCCAGCAAGUUCUGUCAAUUAAUGAGACAGAGGAUCUCAGGAACAGUAACAGCCACUAUGUGGAGCUUUUGAGUAAGCAGGAGCUUGAAAUUUCUGCAAUGAAAGAGCAAAUGUGCUUCCAAGAGUUAAAAGAUCUCCCAUCUUUCAAACAUUCAGAAAAUGAAGAUUCCCCUUUACAAGCAAAGUUGAAGAAGAUGCAAGGUUCUCUUGAAAAGGCCAAGAGACUGAAUAUGUGGUACCAAAGUGAUCGUACAUUUCAGACAUCUAAUGAAGAAGAAAUGGAUGAAGUUCGUAAGCAGGUUGAGGCUGAGACUGCUGAGGUGAUAGUCUGCUUGCAGGAAGAACUGGCUGCCCUUCAACAGCAAGUUCAGGAUAGUAAAUUGAAAGAGAGAGAAACACAAGAAAGGCUGGUGCUUUUGCAAAAUGAGUUGAAGGAGCUUCAUGAAAAAUUAUAUCUCAUGGCUCAAGAUAAGAAAGAGUUGGGUGAAAGGCUGGAAGAAAAGGAUGACGAAUUAAAAUUGAAAGAGCUUUUGCAAACUGACUUGAAGGAGGAGCUUCAGGAAAAAUUAUAUCUCAUGGCUCUAGAUAAGAAAGAGUUAGGCGAAGAGCUUCAGGAAGAACUUGCUACUCUUCAGCAGCAAGUUCAGGAUAGUAAAUUGAAAGAGAGAGAAACACAAGAGAGGCUGGUGCUUUUUCAAACUGAGUUGAAGGAGCUUCAGGAAAAAUUCUCUCUCAUGGCUCAAGAUAAGAAAGAGUUAGGUGAAAAGCUGGAAGAGAAGGAUGACGAAUUAAAAGCAUUGUCUGAAGAGUGGGAACAAUUGACCUGUGAGAUUGAAUAUGUUCUUACUGGUGGGAGUGAGGCGCUUAAAGAUGCGUCUAAUCAGCUUGAUGUUAUUUCCGGUUCCUUUCCUCAGAAAAGAGCUUGUAUUUCUGAAAAAGUGGGCAGAGUGACAAAAAUCAUCUCUGAGAAGGAGCUACUAAUUGAAGAACUCAAUCAGUGCUUAGACGAUGCAAACAAUAGAAGAAGCAACAUGGAGUGCAUGCUGAGGUCUUUGAGAGGGGCAGCUUUAGUUAUAACGGAAGCACACCAGCAAGAGUGCAGUGAAAAGGAGCAAGAAAUCCUCCAGUUGACAUCACAAUUGAAAGCAAAAGCUUCUCUUGUAGCCGAGCUGGAAGACAAGAUUAAGGAGGAGGAAGAAGAAAUUAGAAAAGCAUCAACUUGUGCAACAGUUGCUUUUUUGAUUGUGAAUAGAAUGUCCGAGAUAAAUUCUGAUUAUCAUGAUGCAUUAAAGCAUAAGGAUAUCCAGCUUAGAGAAUCAAUAGGAAUGAACCUGCAGAAGGAUGCUUUUCUCCAUAAUCAGGCUACUGUAAUUGAUGAAGCGGAGACACAGAUUCAGUCUCUCAAAACGGAGCUGGAAGUGUCAGAGGAGAGCCUUGGUAAACUGAAACUGCAGCUUCUUGAGGAGCAGAAACGUGCUUGUGCUAUGGAACAGAAGCUUCAAGAAAUUGAAGAAAAUGACAUUUUAAAGACGAGAGAGAAACUUACUGAGCUGAAAUCUGGUGUUUCAACACUCAGGUCAUGCAUGGAUGAGUAUGUGGAGCAGGUUGGAAGUUCUGAAAAUGAUAAUACCUCUGUAAAUCUUGCUUGUUUGCCAGCUAAUGGCAAAUGUGGAGCAAGGACAGGUGCUGAAAUGAAUCAAGGCUCCAACAAGAUAGACUCACAAACUGUUGAGGACUUGAAAACUGAGAUUUCAGAGUGUACUUUUGAAGUACGCAAGAAUGUGAGUGAAUAUUCAUUGGAUCAUAAAAACUUUGCAAUUUCAGGAACUAACAAGGACAAGAAUGAUAGAGAUGCUACCAUUAUUCUUCUAAGAAAAGAAAUAGAAUCUGCUGUAGAAUGUUUACAAGGGGUGCAAUCUGAGAUGGCAAAACUACGCAAUGAGAAAGAAGAGGUCUGGAUGUCUGCAAAACAAAGCCAGGGGAGCAUUGAGUAUCUUAUGACUCAAAUACUCACCUUACAAACAGAUAUGAGUAGCUUCGAAAAACAACUUGUACCCAAGAUGGUGGCUAUAGAUCAUAAGCUCCAGAAAGUAGGAGAAACUGUGCAAGAAGCUGGCACUUGCUGGUGCCAGAAAGAAGAGUUGUUUGAGCUCGAACUUGGUGAUGCAAAGGUAGUUGCAGCCCAGAAAACUGCAGAGGCUUCUUGUAUUCUUUCUCAAUUUGAAGAGGCCCAAGAUACCAUGAAAGAAGCAGAUAUCAUGAUAAAUGAGUUGGUGAUAAGUAAUGAAACCCUGAAGCUUGAGAUUGAAGGGCUGAAGAAAAUGGAGGACUCCAUAAUCAACGAGAAAAAUAUACUAAUCAAUGAGGUUCAAAGUUUGCAAUCCGCCAAGGAUCUGCAGGAUUCGCAUUACAAAAACCUUGAAGAUCAGUUUGCUUCAGAUAUGAUGGAAAUGAGGAGGCUGGUUCUAGAACUGGAGAGUAUAGUCGGACAGGUCCAGACAACUUUCAAGGAAGACUCUUUGUCUAUAGCCUCUGAUUUCAUCUGCAUGAAGUCUCAACUUCAAGACUCAACAAUGUUAAUGCGUUCAUGGCUUGAGGACAUUUGGUCUGAGAUAAUUGUAAAGGAUUGUGCUGUGUCUGUGCUACACCUUUGUCACAUGGGAAUCCUGUUGGAAACAGUUACAGGGUUGAAUGCAGAAAAUGGUUUGCUUCAUCACGGGCUCUGUGAAUCAGCCUCUGUUAUAUCUGAGUUGAGAGAGCACAAUUUCAAAUCGAGAAAUGAGCUUGAAAUGUGUAGAAUCCUCAAGGGGAAAUUACUGGCAGAUAUUAAGAAUAGUUUCGAUCGCAUUGCAAGGAAAGAAGAUGAAACUGGGGAGCUUAGUAUCAAGCUAACCACUUUUGAGAAGAAAAUAUUGAAUUUACAGCUUCAAGAGGAGCUAAUGUUGCAAAGGGCUAACAAUAUGGGAUCUGAGCUUUCUGUUCUGACUAAGGAGUUGGACAUGAGUAACAGAAAUGUUUUGGGACCCAUUUUAAAUCAAGAAAAAUUGCUGAAGGAUAAAGAGGAAGUCUUGAAAUCUCAGGAGGAGAAUUUCAUGAUUGACCUGUCUGCAAAGGAUUUUGAAUUGCUUAUCUUGGCGUCAGAGUUAAACCAAGUGGAAGUCCAAAAAGCUAGUAUGGAAGAGGAGCAAACCAGUUGUUGUAUGGUCCUUGAGAACUUUAAGAAAGAGAUUAUUUUUCUCACCAUGGACGCAGAGAUAGAAAGAUGGAUCAUGAUGGAUGAGGAAGUUGAGGUUGUUAUUCUACAAAAAGAAGUUCAAGAAGCACAAAGGGAGAGGCAGGAGUUGUUGUCAAAGCUCAAUGAAAGCAAUUCAAGAAUUACACAUAUGGAUAAAGUUAACAAGACUCUUGAACAAGAUAUUCAGUUGUUGAAGGAUGUUUCAUGUUCAAAUGAUCACUUGCAAAGUGAACUUGGUGAAGUGAUAGAGGAAAAGAUGAGACUGUCAUCCCAGGUUAAAAAACUUGAAGCUGACUGUGAAAAGUUAAUAGAAGAGAUUAAGACAAAGGAAAGGGCUCUAGAAAUUUCUUCUAGCCAUAUCUCUGACCUUGAUCUCCAAAAGCAAAUGUUGCAUAAUGACAAAUGCUUGCUGGAAGCAUCGUCAUGCAAACUUCAAGCUGAGUUGGAGAUGAAAGAUGCGGAGCUAAGCAAAAUGAACUACCUUGAGGAGGAGAAUGAGUCAAUAAAAAGCGAGGUAAAGAAAUUGAAGGAAGACUAUUUUAGAGUUUUUCAAGAUUUGGAGGAGAAAAAAUCUGAAUGCGAAUCAUCUUUAAGUCAUAUAGAUGUAUUUGAUAUGGAAAACCGGAGGUUGCAAGAGAAAAUUUCUUCCUUAGAGACUUGCACUGGCAGUUUGCAGGCUCAUCUGGACAUGGUAAAUGCAGAGUUGACUGAACUCCGACUUUCUCAAUCUGUCAUUACAGAGGAGUUAUGCUUAAAAGGCCAGAAUUUGCAAAUCCAUGUUGACAGAGUUAAUACUUUGAAGCAAGAGAAUGUUUUAUUGAGAAAUGAACUCCAAUCUCAUGAGAAGAGUAAGUAUGAAUUCUUCAAUUCGUUGAGCUUCAACGCAGUGAAGGGUAUUGAUUCAGUGGAAGCAGUUGAAAUGGUGGGUACCAGAAUAAUUAAUGUGCUCAAUGAAAAGAGUGUGCCAUUAGAAAAGAUGGUUGAAGAGAUUUGCAAAAGCAUAGACGGUACAUCUAAAUUC